AUGACGGACUCACAAGAGAACCUCCCCGCUCCUGCCACGAAUACCAACGAAAUGGAAAACCUCACCAGAGAAGUUGCGGAGGUUAGCCUCGUCAACGGGCUCACAAUAGACCAGAGGAUUGAGCUCAUCAAGUCUGUCGGCGAGGAGUGCCACACAGAGGAGGGUCUCAGACGGCUACUAGAGAAAAAGCCGACACCACCACUUUGCUACGACGGGUUCGAGCCCUCCGGCCGAAUGCAUAUCGCGCAGGGCAUUCAGAAAUCCAUCAAUGUCAACAAGCUCACUAAUGCGGGAUGUACAUUUGUAUUUUGGGUUGCUGACUGGUUUGCCCAGCUGAACAACAAAAUGGGGGGCGAUCUGAAGAAGAUCCGAGUCGUUGGACAAUACUUUAUCGAAGUUUGGAAAGCAUGCGGCAUGAACAUGGAUAAUGUCGAAUUUCUCUGGGCGUCUGACGAAAUCAACAAGCGACCUGACGAGUACUGGAGUAGGGUGAUGAACAUAGCCACCUUGAAUUCAGUCGCCCGCGUCAAGCGCUGCUGUACAAUUAUGGGAAGGGGAGAUGGCGAUGAACUUUCUGCAGCUCAGAUCAUGUACCCAUGCAUGCAGUGCGCGGACAUUUUCUUUUUGAAAGCUGAUAUUUGCCAGCUGGGCAUGGAUCAACGAAAGGUGAACAUGUUGGCAAGAGAGUACUGCGACAGCACCAAACCAAAACUCAAGAACAAACCCAUAGUCCUGUCCCACCACAUGAUGCCAGGACUGAAACAGGGACAGGCUAAAAUGAGCAAGAGCGACCCCUCGAGCGCGAUAUACAUGGAAGAUUCGGCUUCGGAGGUUAAAUCAAAGAUCAAGGGCGCCUAUUGUCCCGAAAAGACAGUCGAAGGGAACCCUGUCUUGGAGUACCUCAAAUACCUCAUAUUCCCUAAACUCGGCUCCCUUGAAAUCUCAAGGUCUGAAGAGAAUGGCGGAAAUAAAUCCUUCUCAUCCUACGAUGAGCUUGAAGCCGAUUUUAUGUCAGGGGCUUUGCACCCAGGUGACGUAAAGCCUGCAGUAGCAAAAGCAGUUAACGUCAUGCUACAACCUGUUCGUGACCAUUUCAAACAUGAUCCAGCGGCUCGAAAGCUCCUGGACCAGGUGAAGCGUUAUAAAACUACUCGCUAACAGCUUAUGACAUAAAUCGCUGUCGGUUCUGGGACUCAUAAUACCUCGUCUCGCAGAAACACCUACGACAAAGAUAAUUCCCGUACACCCCCCGCCCUCUUCCACCAUUUAAAUGGACGAAUCGCCAUUUGUGCGGCAUGUAGGCGGAUUUCAUUAAAAAAGGGUGCGUUUCAGAAGCUUGC